UCCCCCUCACGUACAGGAAGUGACGUCCUUGCGCUCGAGGGGCGGGGAGCGGAAGUGGAGUAGUGGCCAUCUUUGGUGCCGGCAGUAGCGGCGCCAGGCUUCGAUGCCGGCGGAGAAGAUGGCGGUGGACGGCCCCGAGCAGAUGGAGAUGGACGAUGGGAAGGGCGGCACGGGGCUGCGGCAGUACUACCUGUCCAAGAUCGAGGAGCUGCAGCUCAUAGUGAAUGAGAAGAGCCAGAAUCUGCGGCGCUUGCAAGCGCAGAGGAAUGAGUUGAACGCUAAAGUGCGGCUGUUGCGGGAGGAGCUGCAGCUGCUGCAGGAGCAGGGCUCCUAUGUGGGCGAGGUGGUGAGAGCCAUGGACAAGAAGAAAGUGCUUGUGAAGGUGCAUCCAGAAGGCAAAUUCGUGGUGGAUGUUGACAAGAACAUUGACAUUAAUGAUGUGACCCCAAACUGCCGCGUGGCUCUGCGCAACGACAGCUACACGCUGCACAAGAUCCUGCCCAACAAAGUGGACCCUCUGGUGUCUCUGAUGAUGGUGGAGAAGGUCCCGGAUUCCACUUACGAGAUGAUCGGAGGGUUGGACAAACAGAUAAAGGAGAUCAAGGAAGUGAUUGAGCUGCCCGUCAAGCACCCGGAGCUCUUUGAGGCGCUGGGGAUCGCUCAGCCCAAGGGCGUGCUGCUCUACGGACCCCCUGGCACUGGGAAGACCUUGCUGGCCAGAGCUGUGGCCCAUCACACUGACUGCACCUUCAUCCGCGUGUCGGGCUCCGAGCUGGUGCAGAAAUUCAUCGGUGAAGGUGCCCGCAUGGUGCGGGAGCUGUUUGUGAUGGCCAGGGAACACGCUCCUUCCAUCAUCUUCAUGGAUGAGAUCGACUCCAUUGGCUCCUCCCGCCUGGAGGGUGGCUCUGGUGGGGACAGCGAGGUGCAGCGCACGAUGCUGGAGCUCCUCAAUCAGCUCGAUGGUUUCGAGGCCACCAAGAACAUCAAGGUGAUCAUGGCCACGAACCGGAUCGACAUCCUGGACUCGGCUCUGCUGCGCCCCGGCCGCAUCGACAGAAAGAUUGAGUUCCCCCCUCCCAAUGAAGAGGCCCGCCUGGAUAUCCUCAAAAUCCACUCUCGGAAAAUGAACCUGACACGUGGCAUCAACCUGAGGAAGAUCGCAGAGCUGAUGCCAGGGGCAUCGGGUGCAGAAGUGAAGGGGGUGUGCACAGAAGCUGGCAUGUACGCACUGAGGGAGAGGCGGGUGCACGUCACACAGGAGGACUUUGAAAUGGCUGUUGCCAAGGUGAUGCAGAAGGACAGCGAGAAGAACAUGUCCAUCAAGAAGCUGUGGAAGUAAGGGUGAGCUGGGGGGCUGUUUUGUCUCUAAUAAAGUGCUGCUGUGCCCA